GAGGAUGGUGUCUUUUCGUGGUACGACGCCCCUGGUGCCCUCACAGCUAGUGGUGAAAUUUUCGACUCAAACGCCAUGACUGCCGCUCAUAAGACCCUACCAUUUAAUACUGUGGUUCAGGCGUCGUGUAAUGGCAGGUCUGUUACCGUUAGGAUCAACGACAGGGGACCGUUCGUCGCCGGGAGGAUACUCGACGUGACCCCCGCUGCCGGUCGUGAGCUCGCUGAGGAUGGCGUCUUUUCGUGGUACGACGCACCUGCCGGUGCCAUCACAGCCAGUGGUGAACCCUUCGACCCAAACGCCAUGACUGCCGCCCAUAAGACCCUACCGUUUGGGACUGUCGUCCAGGCGUCGUGUAAUGGCAGGUCUAUCAGCGUUAGGAUCAACGACAGGGGACCGUUCAGCGCCGGGAGGAUACUCGAUGUGACCCCCGCUGGAGGUCGUGAACUCGGUAUCAUCGAUAGUGGACUCUGUCAGGGUCAUAUUUAAAUGAGCCUGAAAUUAAUUGAUCCUGCUUACAUGAAUUUAAAAUUUUGAA